AUGCAGAACAGCGUUGCAGUCGCUCGGAAUUUGAGAUGGUCAAAAGAAGACGAGAUCUCACAAGAGAGGAUGAUUGAUGUUAAGCUUCCGGGUGCUGUAAAGCUUGGGAAUCUGGGCGUCUCACAGACACUGAAGAAGCUUGCAACAAGCGCUAAGCAAAGAUUUACUUCCAACAACCAGAUGGCCACCAACAGACGUUUCAAGACACUCAAAGUUGGAAUGGAGAAAUCAACGCUUUUUGAGAGCGUGCCGUUUCAACGGUGGGUUCAGUAUGUGAGCAAAGCCUACAAGAAGAACCCUGAAGCAGGUGAAGUGGCGAUGGUAUCAACCUUGAGAGAUCAUUACGGCGAUAGGAAACUAGUGAAAUACCUAGUUAAGGCGCAGCAAAAUUCGAAUACGAUGAAAAUCGCCAAAAAGUUUGAAUCCAUUCAGAUUGACUUCUGGAUCAUUGAAAAGAAAACAGCUGACGAAAUGUUCCAUCUUCUAAAGCUGAGCGUGGAUAAGGAUGAUCUUUUGGAGAGCGCAUUGUUGAAAAUGUGGAUAUCGUUCGUAAAGAAGCUCGGGAAGGAAGAUCCGUACGAUGCGUUGCUACUCAAGCUGACAAAACGGUUUGACGAAGAUGAACUUGCUCACUUCCUCAUUAGAGCAAAGGCCAGCGACAGUACGCGCCAUAUCGCUUCGGAGUUGGAAAGGGUGCAGUUGAAGAACUGGUUGAGCAAUGGAAAGACAGCCGAUGAUGCUUUCAAACUUCUACGUCUGAACGCCGCCACGGGAGAUGAAAUUUUGAGAAAUCCAUCUCUCCGCACCUGGAUCUCUUACGUCACUGCACUCGACAAGGAAGACGCAUACCAUUUGCUACUGGUCAAAUUGAUGAAAUACUACGAUGAAGGUGAGCUGACUAAACGUUUAGUUGCAGCGAAGGCGGAUUGGAGCUCGAGCGUGAGUGUUGCAAAGUUGGAGCAAGCAUUGCUUAAUAGCUGGUUGGCGAAAGAGAAAACAGCUGAAGAUGCUUUUAAGAUUCUUCGGCUUAGCGACGAUAUUGGGGAUGACAUUCUGAGAAACCCAGCUGUGACUACGUGGUACUCGUACGUGAAAAUGCGCAAGCAGAAUCCUGACGAAUUGUUGUUUUUCGAACUGAAAAAGGUAUUAAGUGAUGAACGUCUAGCGAGGACGCUCGUUGCGGCAAAGAAAAAAGGUAACGCGGAGAUUGAUGUCAGUGUGUUGGAAGUGGAGCAGUUCAAGUAUUGGCUCCGAGGAGGGAAAAGUGCAGAUGACAUUUUUACUCUUCUGAAACUAAACAAGAACGGGGACAAACUUUUUGAGAGCCCCAUGUUGAAUACUUGGGUAUCAUACGUGGUAAAACUAGACGAGAAGAACGCGGACGAGUUGAUUUUCGUGGCACUGAAAAAUCACUACGGUAUUGAGAGCGUGAAGGAAAUGAUUGUCCAGGCAAAAACCAGGGUAACUACAGAAAAUCUUGCUUCAAAACUGCAAGAGGAAGUGUGGAGGAGCACGGGAAAAACAGAGGACGACAUUUUCAACCUUCUGAAGCUUGACAAAGAUACGCUUCUUGAAAAUCCAGGGCUGAAAACAUGGGUCUCCUACGCCACCAAGCUGGGCAAGCACAAAGAAACACCAGACGAGUUUGCAGUUAUCAACGAUUUAGAAAGGCGCCUUGACUUAGAUUCGUUGGGUCUUGCGCGGAAAUUUGGCGAGGCUAUGAUCUCCUCACAAAUGGGUGGUAGGAGAACGACUACAGAUGUGCUUAACACUUUGCAGGCAAUGCAGUUCAAGCAGUGGAUGACCCAAAAGGGCUGGGAUGUCAGAGAAGUCAGUCAUCUCCUAAGCGCACACCCUGACAACCCGAUGAACGCGCGUAUCAUUCUCGAUUUUUUAAAGUUCUACAGCGAUAUACAGAUUCGGUAUCGUAAUGUAGGAUAG